AUGGGGACUUGGAAGAUAUUUUGGGUGAUCAUCUUCCUUGCAGCUAGUUUUGGAUUCAUCAAGUCACAGAAAGUUGCCUGCAGGGAGGCCUCCGUGGGAGACGUCGUGUUUCUGGUGCACAGCAGCAUCAACCCGCAGCAGGCCCACAGAGUGCGGAACUUCUUGUAUGCCUUGGCAAACACUUUCCACGUCGGCAGAGACACCAUCCGUGUGAGUCUGGCCCAGUACAACGAUACACCCGCUUCUGAGUUCCUGCUCUCUACUUACCACAGCAAAGGCGAGGUGUUGAGACACAUCCAGCGACUUCAGUUUAAGCCCGGAGGCAACAAGAUGGGCCAGGCCCUGUGGUACAUUCUAGAAUAUCACUUCCGGGAAGGAGCUGGGAGCCGGGCAAGCCAAGGGGUACCCCAGAUGGCCGUGGUGAUGACCAGUGGUCCAGCUGAGGACCACCUCCGUGAAGCAGUCGAAGCUUUCAGGAGGGCAGGAAUCUUGCUAUAUGCUAUUGGUGUGAAAGAGGCAGCUCGCGCAGAGCUCAGGGAGAUCACCAGUAGUCCCAAGGAUAAGUUCGCCUUUUUUGUUCCCAACUUCUCUGGCCUACCAGGCCUUGUCCAGAAGCUGCGGCAAGAACUCUGUGGCACUCUCGCAAAGGCGGCUAGGCCCACUGAGCGCGAAUCUUCAGCUUGUGCAGAGGCAUCCCUGGCUGAUAUUGUGUUUAUAGUGGACAGCUUAACUAGCAUUGGACCGCAGAACUUCCAGAAAGUAAAGGAUUUCCUUCUGUCUGUUGUCACGGGGCUUGACAUCAGCAGUGAUCGGGUCCAAGUGGGGCUGGUCCAGUAUAGUGAUAACAUCUACCCAGCCUUUCAGCUGAAACAGUCUUCUCUGAAGAGCAUGGUCCUGGACCAGAUCCGGAAUCUGUCCUAUAACACAGGGGGCACAAAUACAGGAAGUGCCCUAGAAUUCAUCAGGACCAACUACUUGACUGAGAUGAGUGGCAGCCGGGCCAAGGAUGGGGUCCCUCAGAUAGUUAUCCUGGUGACAGACGGGGAGUCGAGUGAUGAGGUCCAGGAUGCGGCUGACCAGCUGAAAAGGGAUGGAGUCUUUGUGUAUGUGGUGGGCAUCAACGUGCAAGAUGUCCAAGAGUUGCAGAAAAUAGCCAGUGAGCCGUUUGAGAAGUUCCUCUUCACCACAGAAGGCUUCAGCAUCCUGCAGGAGCUCUCAGGAAGCCUCCUUCAGGUUCUGUGUUUGACCAUGGAGAGACAGGCGAAAACGUCUACCAAGACCUAUGCAGACGUGGUUUUUCUUGCUGACACCUCCCAGGAGACAUCCCAGGCCAGUUUCCAGUGGAUGCAGAAUUUCAUCUCUAGAAUUAUUGGCACCCUGGAGGUUGGCAAAGACAAGUACCGGAUAGGGUUGGCUCAGUAUGGCGAUCAAGGCUACACUGAGUUUUUGUUCGACACCUACAAGACCCGGAAUGAGAUGACCACGCACAUCCGUGAGCACUUGGUGCUUCGGGGUGGCUCAAGGCGAACAGGCCAAGGCCUGCGGUUUCUUCGUCAGACCUUCUUCCAGGAGGCAGCAGGAAGCCGGUUCUUACAGGGCGUCCCCCAGUACGCGGUGGUCAUUACCUCAGGCAAAUCUGAGGAUGAGGUCGGAGAUGCCGCACAGACCCUGAGGAAGAGAGGCGUGGACAUCGUGUCUGUGGGGGUGCAGGGCUCCGACAGGACGGAACUAGAGAGGAUAGGCUCUCUAGUGCUCGUGUCUGACCUGCAGGGAGAAGAUGGAGCCAGUCAGCUAACGCAGGACGUGACUGAGGUGAUCCAGGGGACCUGGCAGCCUAAGGUCAUGAUGGAGGUUACGGAGGGGGCUGCAGGAGCCUGCCUGACUGCCAUUCCAGCUGACUUGGUGUUCCUCAUUGAAGAAUUUAGCAAGGUCAGGCAAUCCAAUUUCCGACAAGUUGUCCGUUUCUUGAAGAACAUCGUUCACUCUCUCAAUAUCCGUCCUGACGUCACAAGGAUCAGCUUGGUCUUUUACGAUGAGGAACCGCGGCUGGAGUUUUCCCUGGAUACGUUUCAAAACGCUGCCCAAGUCAUACACCAUCUGGACAAGCUGACUUUCCGAGGAGGAAGAGGAGGGAUGAAGGCAGGCGCUGCUUUGGAUUUCCUGAGGGGUCAAGUUUUCAUUCCAGAGAAGGGUAGCCGGUCCAGUCGAGGCGUGCAGCAGAUCGCGGUGGUCCUCAUGGAAGGUCCCUCUCUAGACAACGUGUCUGCGCCCGCUUCUCACCUCCGCAGGGCCGGGGUCACCAUCUAUGCAGUGGGCAUCCAGCCUGCCUCUGAGAGUAAGGACCUGGAGAAGAUUGCCACCUACCCUCCCUGGAAGCACGUCAUCCUUCUAGAGUCCUUUCUGCAACUCGCCAUUGUGGGAAACAAACUUAAAACCAGGCUCUGUCCUGAGUGUGUGGGCAGAUUUUAUCCUCAGAUGAGUUGCACCCCACAGAAAGUACAAGAAGGCUGCACGCAUGUGGAGAAGGCAGACAUUUACUUCCUUAUUGAUGGGUCUGGUAGCAUCAGACAAAAUGACUUCACUGAAAUGAAGAAGUUCAUGAAGGAGGCGAUAAAGAUGUUCCACAUUGGGCCUGACAGAGUACGCUUUGGAGUCGUUCACUACUCAGACAGAAUUAUAAGCCGGUUUUUACUCAGCCAGUAUGCCAGCGUGGCAGAGCUGAGGACAGCUAUCGACAACAUCCAACAGAGAGGAGGUGGCACCACAACUGGUGAGGCCUUAAGAGAAAUGACCUUGAUCUUCAAAAACACUGCCAGAAUCAGCGUUGCCCGAUACCUCAUCGUCAUCACUGAUGGUCAGUCCUCAGACCCGGUGGCUGAGGCUGCACAGGGCUUGAGGGACAUUGGCAUCAACAUUUAUGCCAUUGGAGUCAGAGACGCUAAUAUGACUGAGCUUAAGGAAAUAGCAAGCAACAAGAUAUUCUUCGUAUAUGAGUUUGACUCAUUGGCAGCCAUUCGCCAGGAAGUCAUUCAGGACAUCUGCUCCUCAGAGACCUGUAAGAGGCAGAAAGCUGACAUCAUCUUCUUGAUCGAUGGCUCAGAAUCCAUCGCCCCGAAGGACUUUGAAAAGAUGAAAGAAUUCAUGGAAAGGAUGGUGAAUGAGUCAGAUAUCAGUGCUGAUGAAAUUCAGAUUGGCCUUCUGCAGUUCAGCUCCGUUCCCCGGGAAGAAUUCAGGCUCAACCAGUACUCCUCAAAGGUGGACAUCUGCAGAGCCAUCUUGAAUAUGGAACAGAUGAAUGAUGGUACCCGUACUGGGAAAGCCUUGAAUUUCACGCUGCCUUUUUUUGACAGUUCAAGAGGAGGGAGACCCAGUGUUCACCAGUAUUUGAUUGUGAUCACCGACGGGGUCUCCCAGGAUAACGUAGCCCCCCCAGCCAAAGCCCUCAGAGACAGAAACAUAAUUAUUUUUGCUAUCGGGGUGGGAGAGGCUCAGAGAACCCAGCUUCUGGAGAUCACUAAUGAUCAGGACAAAGUGUACCAUGAAGAAAAUUUUGAGUCCUUGCAGAACCUGGAAAAGGAAAUUCUUUAUGAGGUCUGUAGUCCCCAAGGAUGCAGUGUGGAUUUGUCUGUAGGAGUUGAUAUCUCAUCUUCUUCAGAGCGAGCUCAGCAGGAACUUCGGAAAUUGCUGCCAGGGCUGAUGCAACAGUUGGCCUUGCUUUCCAACAUCAGUUGUGAUGCUCCUGGCCAGAUCGACCCGAGGUUCCGCUAUGUGGUUCCAGGCUCCAGCAGCCAGCUUGUCUUUGACUCAGGCUUUGAGAAGUACAGUGAUGAGGCCAUACAGAAAUUCUUGGUGCAUCAGAGUUCAGUGACCAACCGUAUGGAUGUAGACUUUCUGCAGUCCCUGGGAGAGUCUGCCAUCCGCCUGUCUUUGGCUAAAGCGAAGGUCCUUUUAGUGCUUACAGACGGACUUGAUGAGGACCUACAGACCUUGAGGAGAACCUCAGAGCUCCUUCGCAGCAGAGGGCUCUCCGGGCUCCUGCUUAUUGGCCUGGAAGGCGCGCAUAAGUUGGAAGAACUCCAGGAACUGGAGUUCGGCAGAGGGUUUGUGUACAGGCAGCCUCUGAGCUCCAGUCUCCUGUCCCUCCCGAGCGUCUUACUGAAGCAGCUCGACACCAUUGUGGAGAGGACAUGCUGCCAGGUGUAUGCCAAGUGUUAUGGUGACGAUGGGCUCAGGGGUGAGCCUGGAAGUCUCGGGAGGGAGGGAGAGAGGGGUUUGGACGGGCUUCCUGGCCAUCUUGGUGAAGAGGGCGACUCUGGACAGAGAGGUCCCCAGGGGCUUCCUGGACUGCGAGGUGAAGAGGGAUGUCCAGGUGUAAGAGGACCCAAGGGAGCAAGAGGAUUUUCAGGAGAGAAGGGCAGCUCUGGUGAGGAAGGCGCUCCCGGCUUGGAUGGAGAACAGGGUAAUUGUGGAGCCACAGGGUCAUCUGGAGAGAAGGGAAGCAGAGGCAACAGGGGCUUGACAGGACUGCUGGGACAACCUGGACAUCGAGGGGAGCCUGGGCUGAGGGGAGACCCCGGGGAUCCUGGAAUUGAUAAUCCCGUCCAAGGCCCCAAGGGAGAAAAGGGAAAGCACGGCCACCAGGGAGGUUCUGCUUUCCAUGGACCUCUUGGGGAAACAGGCAGUGUGGGACCUCGGGGGUCACGUGGAAGACGUGGCCUGCCAGGGUUGAAGGGUGUGCGCGGAGAGGCUGGUGAGCUGGGUUUCCAAGGAGAGCCUGGGUAUCCAGGCCCACAGGGACCCAGAGGAAGGCAAGGACCACCAGGAUUUUUUGGUCAAAAAGGGAGUCGGAGCGCCCAGGGGAAUCCUGGGCCUCCAGGGCCAAAUGGCUCAAGAGGACCAGCUGGACCCAGGGGAAUGAAGGGAGAACUUGGCCGUUCAGGAGAAAGAGGUCCACGGGGUCAGCAAGGACCAAGAGGGCAGCCUGGUCGGCUUGGUCCAGAUGGAUAUGGUCACCCAGGAAGAAAAGGCAAGAAGGGUGAACCUGGAUUCCCUGGCUAUCCCGGUAUACAAGGAGAAGAUGGUAACCCAGGCUGUGAAGGGGAGAAGGGGCCCAAGGGAAUCCGAGGGAAGAGGGGUAAUUCUGGCUUUCCUGGAUUUGCUGGAACUCCAGGUGACCAAGGCCCACCAGGGAAGAUGGGCAUCAAGGGCUCAAAAGGUUUGGCUGACAGGACGCCUUGUGAAAUUGUUGAUUUCAUGCGAGGAAACUGCCCUUGCUCAAAAGGUCUUUCCAGAUGCCCAGCGUUCCCAACGGAAGUAGUCUUUGCCCUGGACAUGUCCAACAAUGUCUCCCAGUCAGACUUUGAGAGGAUGAGAAACAUUUUAUUAUCUCUAUUGAUGAAGAUGGAAAUGAGUGAGAGCAACUGUCCCUCUGGAGCCCGAGUGGCCAUUGUUUCCUAUAACACAAAGACAGACUACCUCGUGCGCUUCUCAGACCAUCAGGGAAAGGCUGCCCUCCUACAGGCUGUCAGGAAAAUCCCCCUUGAACGGUCAUCUGGGGCCCGGAACCUUGGGGCCACCAUGAGGUUUGUGGCUAGACACGUAUUCAAACGUGUACGCUCAGGCGUUCUGAUGAGGAAGGUGGCCAUGUUCUUCCAGGCCGGUAGGAACUAUGAUACAACCUCUGUCGGCACAGCCAUGCUGGAGCUCCACGCAGCGGACAUUGUCACAGCAGUUGUGACAUUCAUCGAGGAGCACAACCUCCCAGAUACCCUGCUGGUGGACGGAGUCAACAGAUUGCAGUUGUUUACAUGGGAGACAGAGCGCGAGCAGGAUGUGGAGCGCCUGGCCAGCUGCACUGUCUGCUACGACAAGUGCCGACCAGUCCCAGAGUGCCAGCUGGAGGCUCCCAGGCCACAGGUGUUGGACAUGGACGUGGUGUUCCUGGUGGACAGCUCCCAGGGCGUCAGCAGGGAUGUAUACCUCGGGGCUUUGAGGCUAGUGGAUUCAGUGCUCAAGGACCUGGAAGUGGCUGAACAUCCUGGAACAUCCUGGUAUGGGACACGUGCAGCCCUGGUGACUUACACAACUCCAGGUUUUUGGCCUAGCCUGGGUCAAAACCCGAUACUUGAGCACUUUCACUUGACCUCUCACGGUCACCGUACACAGAUGCAAAGGAAGGUCUGGGAGGCUGCAGGCCGCCUGCUUCAGGGAGCCCCUGCCCUCGGCCAUGCCCUGGAGUGGACACUGGAAAAAGUGCUUCUGGGAGCUACACUGCCGCGUAGGUCACGGGUCCUCUUUGCCAUCGUGGCCAGCGAGACAAGCAGCUGGGACAGAGAGACGCUAAGGACCGUGUCCCAGGAGGCCAAGUGCCAGGGCAUCACACUGUUCGUGCUGGCCAUAGGCCCGGGAGUUGGAGCCCAGGAGCUGGCUGAGCUGGCCAGAGUGGUCAGUAAGCCCUCCGAGCAGCACAUGUUACGCCUGGAGGGCGUCUCAGAUGUGGAGGUAGCUUAUGCCAGCAGAUUCACACAGGCUUUCCUGAACCUUCUAAAGGGUGGAAUGAACCAGUAUCCACCCCCAGAGCUCAUUAAGGAGUGUGGAGGCCCAAACCGUGGGGACAACUUGCUGUACUUAGACCCACCUGCCAAGAGGUUGUCCAAGCGCCAGUUUGGCACGUCUGCCUUUGCUUAUGACUCAGAAACACUCAAAUCACCAAAUAUUUUUCCAGAAGAAAAGAGGAAAAGCAGGGUGGCAUCUAUAGCUCCGCAAGAAGCAUUGGGAAAUUAUGAAAAGAACAAGUUGGACGUGGAAGAAAAUGAUCAAGAAAUGCCAGAAAAAGAAAGGCGUUUGGGUACCACCCUCAGCGAGACACCAGACCGUGGCUUCCUUGCUCUCUAAGUUGGAUUCACUUUUAAAAAUACUUAUCUUUAAAUAAAAUUUCU